AUGUCAUAUAUACCUGUCGAUUUUGACAUUCCCGAAUUCUUAACUAGAAUUUGUGGAAAUAAACCACCUUUUACAUGCCCAGCGGAGCCUUGCAAACGAAAGCCAUUUAAAAAUUUUAAAGCUAUUCAGAAUCACAUGAAUUGCCAUAGACCGCCUGAUCCUGUGGAUAUUUCAAAUACUCUUGGGAUUACUUUUGAAGAAACUUCUAAACCAGAAAUAACCGAACCUUCCAACAGUCGGUAUCGUCCGAUGCGUUUCCUUGACUCUCAAAAGAAUGUUGUUUUUAACCUAUCUGGUGAUAAUCCUCAGAGCGUUCGUUGUGGUAUCAAUGUUCCCAUUCGCUUAACCUCAGAACCACUUCCCAGUGAAAAUCAGUUCCCUCUUAGUGUCAAUAAUAGUCUUAAUGGAUCUCAUUUAUCUUCCACUCAUCGAGGUAGACGCAAAAGCAAGCACAAAAUAUCAAAAUUCCCUGACCAACCUCCAAUUGAAGAUGGUCACACUUUAGCAACGGAAGAGCCUCAGCCCCAAAUUAUUAAUGUCCCCCUUCCUAAAUUCGAAAUUGACCCAAGCUUUGCAUAUCAACGCAAACCCCCAACUUGGGUCAAGGGUGCCUACCUUAGGUUCAUUGAACGCUCUGUUGAAGAAUUGGAUGAAAUAGUUGAAUACGACUUGGAUGAGGAGGAUUUAAUUUGGCUAGAAAAAAUUAAUGAAAUCCGCAAAAAUCAGGGUUUUGAGACUAUACAACAAUCCCAACUUGAGUGGGUACUGGACCGAUUUGAGAAGAAAGCUGUCUUUAGAACCACUGGAGAAAAUGGGGCGAAUGUUUCGACAACAAUGCUGCUAAAUAACAGCGAGGAAGAUGACGCUGUAUGCGCAGUUUGUCAGGACGGUAAUUGUGAAAACCUUAACGUAAUUCUUUUUUGUGAUGUCUGUAACCUCGCCGUGCAUCAGGAUUGCUAUGGCGUUCCAUAUAUACCCGAAGGUUCUUGGCUGUGCAGAAAGUGCCUUAUUUCUCCCAGUGAACCUGUAUCCUGUUGUCUGUGUCCAAACGCCGGUGGGGCGUUUAAAAAGACCUCCGACGACCGUUGGGCACAUGUCAUUUGUGGUUUGUGGAUUCCAGAGGUCAUGUUCGCCAAUUUAACUUUUCUGGAGCCCCUGGAUGAUAUUGAUAAAAUCUCACCUCAACGUUGGGCCUUAAGGUGCUUCAUUUGCAAGCAGAAAAAUGUGGGAGCUUGCAUUCAAUGCCAUAAACAGAAUUGUUACAAAGCUUUUCAUGUCACAUGUGCUCAGCAAGCUGGAUUGUAUAUGAAAAUUGAACAGAGCGAUGAUCCAGAUGAUUUGGGAGUUCGGAAACUGGCCUAUUGUGACAUGCAUUGUCCACCUUCGCAUUUCAAGGCCAAUGCAAACAAGGGAAUGUAUGCCAAAUCAGACGACGAUGCUGCAGGUAAUGAACCGGAUGAAGAGUCCAUCAAGAGAACAACCAUCAACAAAGCUCGCAGAGUUUUAGCUGAGCGACGCAACUCCAAACCCCAGGUUUGCGUUCCUAUUGUUACCAAGUCAAAAAUGGCUGAGAUCCUUUCAGAGUUUACGUGGCCUGUUAAAGGGAAGGAGGAGUUUUUCAAGCGGGUUUAUGCAUUCUGGAAACUCAAGAGGGAAGCUCGACGUGGAGUUCCAUUGCUUAAACGUCUUCAAGCUGCCUCAAGGCUUCGUGGUGCAGCAUCUUUGAGUGAAGCUGCCGCAGCCGCCUUAGCCGCAAGUAGCGAAGAGCAAGAGAAAAUGCGGUCUCAAUUAAUCUUCACCCAGCGUCUACGUCAUGAUCUGGAAAGAGCUCGUUUACUCUGUGAAUUAGUGAGAAAACGAGAACGAGUCAAACGAGAAUUAGUCCUAAAUUCUCGUACUCAGCUCAAUGUGCGUAUCCAGCCGACGUUUGAAUUCAUCGGGGAGCUUAUUAAAAGGCUACAGGCAAAGGAUACACGGCGAUUCUUUGGCGAACCUGUGACGGCAGAUAUUGCUCCUGAUUACUUGGAGAUUAUCAAAAACCCGAUGGAUUUUUCUACCAUGAAGAAGAAGCAUGCUGAACAUGAGUAUUUCACAGUAGCUCAAGUGAAGGAACACUUUGAUUUGAUUGUGAGCAACUGUUGUGAAUAUAACGCUAAGGAUACGGUUUACUAUAAAGCUGCUGUUGCUUUGGCUGACCAGUGUGCUCCAAUAUUCAAAAAGGCCUUUGAAAAGGAGCAGUUAUAUAUUCUCACAGAUGAACCAUCUUCUUCCUAUUCGAUGGAACCGAUAUGGGAGGAGGAUCAGACACCUGGAAACGAGCCGGAUACUGUCCCCAACACAACGGGUUCCAAAUUGACUCCACGGGCUAGAUUACGACCUCGUGAACCUGCGGAUUCAUCUUCGUUUUCUGGCUCUACUGCUAAUCAACUUACUACCAAUGAACAGUCGCCACCAACGAAAAAGCGGUAUGUCGUUAAAAAGCAUGACUGCAUUCUGAGAUUUCGAAAUCGGUGUGUUCGAGGAAGUCCACCUUCGCAUUCAGUUACCUCACAACAACCUCCACGCCUGCGCAGAUCCGGUGCCCCUCGAGGCCUCUCCCUCCUUUCUACUGAUAGUUCCCCCACCUCUCAACAACUAGGAGUAACAGAAGCUGCUGUUUUCACUAAACCCGAAUCCACCGAACCAACUCCAAUUCUUCGACUUCCUCAUUCGCCAGAUCGCGCGCGUCCAGCAUUCACAAUGUACCGGACUCGAACAUCGGCCAAAGAGGAAGAAGACGAAGAAGAGGAUAGCGAGGAGUCCUUGGAUGAGACAGAGGAUUCUGAAGAUGCCCAGGCCUCUCUCGCAACUGGUGACGCAGCUACCUCGAAUUCAGGAACGAAUACCAUGGCCAUGACUGGUAGCGGGGAAAAUGUAAAUAAUAGUAAUGCUGAGGUAUCAAGUGGAAGGAUUCUGAGAAGUCGCUCCCAGGAUAAGAUUGAAGUUAAACCAUUGAUUCCUCCUUCCCAGGAUAAGCUUCCUAAAACGCCUACCCCAAAGUCCCCAAUAAGAAAGGCGAAACCAGAAGAGACCCUAAAUCAAACCCCCACUCAUAAGAAAUCGCAGAAAUCUCUUUCAUUGGCUAAAAGCAAGUCAUCCAAAAAGGUUAAAAAAGUGGUUAGGCUGCAAAUGAUUGCCCAAGAUGGCACAGAAGCUGUUUCUCCUACUGUGGUCGGGGAGAUAUCUUCGAGACUGAGUUUGAAGAAUUUUGAGCAUCUUGAUCUGGUUUGGGCCAAAUGUCGAGGCUCACCUUGGUAUCCUGCUAUGGUGAUCGAUCCGACAGCCAGUUCAGACCAGUACACCCAAAAUGGAGUUCCCAUUCCAAUACCUCCAGAAUCUCUCCUAAGUGGGCAAACGGGAGAAGUGGCAUCCCCGCUGAAUCAACGUGGCGGCGGUCCUGACGUAGUUCCAGCUAGUCCAUCUUCAAAUGGUACAUCAAACUCCCCCAUUGCUACUACACCACCCCCUGUUGGUGGUCCCACUUUCUUGGUCGUCUUUUUCGACGGAAAGCGCACUUGGCAACGACUUCCUCGUGAAAAACUCUUUCCUCUUGCUACUAACACUUCUCUUGAUGAAGAGAAACUGCAGGAGGCAAGGAGAAGCAAGCUUAGGCAAUCAGUAAGUUUUGAAAUGCUCACUGUUUACUGCAAAAUAGUAGACGUCGUGAAAGCCUAUCAGAGAGCAAUUGAGCAUUACUGCAAGGUGAAUGGACGUCCCUAUCCAUUUAGUGAAAACUCUGGAGAUGAUGUGGCUGCAUUUCGACGAUAA